GUUAAGAAGGUCGGCACUGUCCUGGGAAGAGCUGGGCUGUAACAAGGCGGUGAGAAAAUGUCAAAGGUGUCAGACCUGUACGAUGUGACCUGGGAAGACAUGCGGGACAAGAUGAAAACUUGGCGAGAAGAUAACUAUCGGAACAGCGAACAAAUAGUUGACGUCGGAGAAGAGCUGAUAAACGAACACGCUUCCAAGCUUGGAGAUGACGUUUGGAUAAUUUAUGAACAAGUGAUGAUUGCAGCCCUGGACUGCGGUAGAGAUGACAUAGCAAUGUCUUGUCUUCAAGAACUAAGAAGGCAAUUUCCUGGGAGCCACAGGGUGAAAAGGCUAACUGGCCUGAGAUUUGAAGCUAUGGAAAGGUACGAUGAUGCGCUCCAGAUAUAUGACAGAAUAUUACAAGAUGAUCCAACUAACACAGCAACAAGAAAGCGAAAGAUAGCCAUUCGCAAAGCUCAGGGAAGAAACGCGGAGGCCAUCCGAGAACUGAAUGAGUAUUUGGAGCAAUUUGUCGGUGACCAAGAAGCUUGGCACGAACUUGCAGAGCUUUACAUCAAUGAACUUGACUACGCCAAAGCUGCUUUUUGUUUGGAAGAACUCAUACUGACUAAUCCACACAACCACUUCUAUUACCAGCAGUUUGCUGAAGUGAAAUAUACCCAAGGAGGACUUGAAAAUCUGGAACUUUCUAGAAAAUAUUUCUCCCAGGCCCUGAAACUUAACAACCACAGCAUGAGAGCAUUGUUUGGACUUUACAUGUCAUCCGUCCAUAUUGCCUCCAAUCCCAAAGCAAGUGCAAAAAUGAAGAAGGAUAAUGUAAAAUAUGCAACUUGGGCCACUAGCCAAAUAAAAAAAGCCUAUCAGCUUGCAGGUCGCACCAUGACGGAUACACAGACAUCUUUAAAGGCUGUUGAAGAUAUGUUGGAAACCUUGCAGAUUACACCGUCCUAAUAGUGAAUUGCUACACCAUCAGCAAGUCCUGUUAAUCCCCUUUUCCUCCAAUUCUGCAUUUGUAAAAUCUAUGAGGAUCAAUGAGAUGUGAAUAUUUGGUUCAGAUUAGAUUUUUGAAAGAUGGGUUUGUGCAUUGCUUUGUUACCCACCACAUUGACUGUGUGCAGGACAAUAUUUACUUAAAUAAAUAUUCCAGUUUGGUAAGAUUCUUUAAUAUGUCACUUCAUUUGAUAUAAACUAUCUGUUGCUUAAAUAUUCAUUAUAGGGCUAUAGUUUUCCUUUAACUUAUUACAAAGUUACAUCAGUCGAUUCACAACAUUGUUGUAUCCAUCAUACUGCCGUAACUCAAGAAAUAUCCAGAAGCGCAAAUAAACUUUCACCCCAGAACUGAUCUUAAAACGGGACUUUCAGGCAUAUCUGCUCUAGGUCAGACAAUAGAUAUUCUCACUAAAUCUCACCUCAACUGCCCUGCGAUCUGAGCCCACCUCUAAUACUGCUUUAUAGCCACAGGGGCACUAGUCGUGCAGUUUUAUGAACCACUGGAUUAGGCACAUGACAAACAUUCAACCUGUACCAGAUGCAGCUAAGCUGUGUUACUAUGGAUUUGGUUUGUCUGGUACAAUUUCAACUUUCAUACAACAGCCUCCACCCAUUUAAUCAGCAGGAGAAAAACCCCAUUGUGCCAUCUCCUGUCAUACUGCUUCUGUUGUUCAAAUGCAAACAUUUCCUUUGUGGUUUUUAUAUGAAAUAUGAAACUAGAAUUAAAUACACGUGUACCUGACGGUGUCCACCUGUGGCACAUACCUGAAGGAAUAAAAAGAGGAGGUAUAUAACUUUUAGACCCUUCUCCUAUAAACGCAGUAAAUGUCUUUGCUUCUCCCAAACUCAGGCCAUUCCCAGAGCAAUACUGUUUGUGUCACUGAAUGUUUAUGGAACAUAUUUAUUAUAUAAUAUGUAAAGCAUUUCUAUCCUGUUGAAUGUCUGCAAAGAAUGGAAUAAACCUUACUAACAAAAAAAA